AUGGGAUUUUUGCCAUCACUUUUGAGUGGUCAUGAAAAGCAACACGAAACAUUAAUUAAGCUCCUUGUGCUCACAUUAUCAUCAAUUGUAGCCUUUACCGUACGUUUAUUUGCAGUAAUUAGGUUUGAGUCAGUUAUUCACGAAUUUGAUCCUUAUUUUAAUUAUCGAACAACAAAGUAUUUAACUGAAAAUGGUUAUUAUGCUUUUCAUAAUUGGUUUGAUGCAUAUGCUUGGUAUCCUUUGGGUCGAAUUAUUGGUGGAACUAUUUAUCCAGGUCAUUUUAUUUUUGCUUAA